UUCUACUGCACUGGAAGCAUAGCGGGGCAACAGUUAACAACAUGUGGAAGUCACAUUAAUCUACAAUAAAACACACCGCUUUAUGCGAAUUUUAAAGAGUAACAACAGAGACUCCAAGUCUGAAUAAUUACUGUACUGUAACGUUUUAACGUUAACUUGGAGGUUAGCUUAGCCGUUUAUUUUACAUCGGCACGUUGUUUACCUUCACAAACAUCAGCAGGUGGAUGACAUACACUGAGCAUCAGAGGAGGUUAUAAAAGGCAGUUUACCGUUUUACCGGAGUUUAAGUGCUGUGUGGAUUAUGGAUGAUUUAGAGGCAGAGCUUGGGCGUCAUGAAGACCAGGAUGUUGAUGAUGAUGAUGAUGAUUCCUCAGACGGCAACUCCUCAAGAAGCUCGAAAAGACCAAAGCUUCCUUUGGUUAUUCCCCCAUAUGAAGAGACACCAAAUGAAUCUGGGUUUCACAAGACUAGCAGAGUGUGUUUGGAGAAGAUCAGAGACGCUCUGCUGCAUCAUAGAUGGCAGGAGGCUGCAGAGUAUAUGGCCUGUUACCCACAAGUGUUAGAAGACUCAGACAAGGGCACAGGGAUGCAGCCGCGUAAGGAGCUUAUUUGGAGAAUCAGCGCUGAGAUCCUUCACCAUCACCCCAACUCAAAGCUGGAAGACUACAACAACAUCUAUGAGCGAAUGAAACACUCAGGACUUAAACAUUACCUGAUGAUCUGUCUGGAACAUUCCUUCCACCUGCUGCUAAACGGUCACAUCGAGGAUGCAAAGCGUCAGCUGUCUGCCGCUGAGAGCUGGAGGCACGGGAAGGAGUCAGCGGCUCAAUAUCAGAUGACGAAACUGAUCCACGCCUACAGAAGCUUACUGGAUUAUAUCAUCUGGUGUGACAAAAAGUUUACACACUCCAACACAGAGGAUCCUGACGACAACCAAGACAUGCACAACUACUUCAGACAGGCCUCUGUGAAUCUGAAGGAAAUCUUGAAAAAUCCUGGCAUCUGGGAUCCUUUUAUACUGAGUUAUGUCGAGAUGCUGGAGUUCUAUGGGGAUCAUGAUGAGGCUCUGAAGGUCCUGAACGAUUACGCAUAUGACAGCAAUUUUCCUCCCAACCCCAACGCACACGUCUAUCUGUACGAGUACUUAAAGCGGCAAGAUACUCCGGAGAGGAAACUGAUGAAAGUGUUGAAGAUCCUUCAUGUGUUCGUCCCGAGCCACGAGCUGAUGUUGGAGUACAGCUCUUUCCUGCUUCAGUCAGAGAAAGAAAAAGACCUUCAAAAAGCUUUGGGAGUCGUUCUAGAAAUGCUGGACUUUGCCUGCUGGAGGAGCAACCUGGACGUGUGGCAGCGUUUAAAGGCUGUUAUUGAAAAACUACAGUUACGAAAAGACUGGGAGGACAUUGUCUUUGGAAAAAUGGCUGAAAGAAAAGACUGGUGGCCCACGCUGCACUUCACAAGCUUCCACGCCAGCAAAGACUCUAAGGAGAACCCCGAGCUCAUGAAAGUGAAGAAAUCACUGACAAAAAUCCUUUGUCCGGACUUAGAGCUCAAGUACACAGCUCAACAGUUAACGAAGAGAAGAACUUGAAGAUAAUCAUCAAACCGGUCCUCAUUAUUCACAAUCGAGAACAGAGAAAACAAUUGAAUAAGGAGUCCAGAAGAACAACACUUUUUGUUUUUUAACAUGAAGCAUAUUUUGAUAUUUUAAGAGAUUUUUCCUUUCCUGUGACCAAAUAUUUUUUAUUAAGUUUAUUGUGCCAUUUUCCCCCCAAUUUCAAGGCACCGUCUGCAUUGCCCACUAUGUGGAGCUCAUGUUCUGUAUAUUUGCAGUGAGUAUCUGGAGGCUUUGACCACCUAAUUCUGGCAGAAACUGAGUGUAGCUGUGAAUGUCAGUGUCCAUGUUGGUUUUUUGGUUUCUGUAAACAUUUUAAUGGAGUCUCACUUUGACCUCAAGUGACCUUUGACUGCUGUCAGAGGGGAUUUAAGGUCACAAGUGUGUGUGUACACUACACACAGCCUGGGGGGUUUUCUCUCUGUCAGGUCUAGUGUCACAUCAGAAUAAUCAACACAGAGCUUUCAGCAACAACACAGGAGAAGUUUAAGGAAGUGGGACAGGCCGUUGACAGGUGGUUGCUGGUUAAUAGCUUCUGUAUUGCCUUCAGUAAAAUCAUAAUGUUUCAGUGUGUAUAUAUGCUUGUAUUUUCACAGAGAGGCUUGUAUAUUUUGAUCUACUUCUGUAAAAAAUAAAUGAGAUUUUUGUAUGUUUCUAA